AUGCCCGCUGUCGGCCCUCAACUCCCGCCGGACCUGCAAAAGCGCAGGAGAGACGACGACCACGACGAUGAAGGGCACUCCUCGGACUCUUCCACUGGACCUUCACCACCUCCUCGAGAUGAGGAACAAACAGCGGCUUCAACCACGAAACGUGCCAGAGUUAUAGGCCCGGCUCCUCCACCAGCGCCGUUAGACGAACGUCCAGUCUCAGGUGGCACACGCCUCGCAAGUGAAGCGGAGUCUGAGAGCGAGGAUGAUGACUUCGGCCCAAGCCUUCCCUCUGCCACCGAAACUGUCGCACAAUCCUCGAACCAGUUUUCAAUAGGACCUCAGAUGCCGGUGACUACAGCGUCUGCAGCACCAGCGAAGCGGGACGAGUGGAUGACUAUUGCACCUUCAAACGGCGACUGGUCUUCGCGAGUGGACCCGACAAAACUGAAAAAUCGUAAAUUCAAUACUGGAAGAGGUGCGAAAGCUCCUUCCCGGGCUUCGGACAGCGGCGCAGAUUCUUCAUGGCACGAAACGCCUGAGCAGAAGCAGGCGAGGUUGAAGAGAGAGGUUAUGGGUAUACAAGACACUGCUACAUCGGCAGCAUCCUCCAAAUCGGCUUCGGGAAACAACUCACACGACGACACCACUGCGAAGAGAAUGAAGGAAUAUACGGAGGCCCAACGCGGACCAUCACUCUACGCGAGCCAUACCUCUUCUCAGGACAAGCCCCUAGAUGAUGACCCCAGUGCCCGCGCCUUCGAUCGGGAGAAGGACAUCGGCUCGGGAUCGACAAUCAGCGCUACCAAGCGCAGAGAAAUGGUCAAGAAGGCCACCGAUUUCUCAUCGAGGUUCGAAAAGGCGAGAUAUUUGUGA